UCGCAUAAAAGCCAUGGCCCAGUGCCAGAGAAGCCACACAACGAACUCACCAACAGCAUGUCUCUCAAGUGGAUCACACUGUGUGCCCUGGUGGCACUGCUCAGCAUCGGCACGGGCAGCUGGGCCAAGCCAGCGGCCAGACAGAGGCAGAGGACCAUUCAGGCGAGGCCCAGCAAGGAGCAGGCUCCCCUGAAUGCUCUGUACUAUGCCAACGAUGCGAUCGAGGAUGAGGAUGAUGAUCAGCAUGAUCAAGAUGCUGAUGAUAUCCGCGAGCACGAAGAGGAUCCCAACGAGGAGCAGGAGGACCAGGCGCUGGACAAUCCCAAUGAGCCAGACCAGGACCAAGAGCAGGAGCAGGAGGAGUUGGUGGAGGAGGCGGCAAAUGAGCUCCAAGGCCCCGAUGAAGAUGCCAUCGAUGAGGAGGAUGCCAACGAAGUGGUAGAGCAGGUCCUAGAGCUGGUGCGCCCCGAGGCACGCGCCCGUCGGCGUGGCAGCCGUCGCGGAGGACGCAAGAACCGCAAACGCGCUGGCAAUCGCCGUUGCGGCAGACGCGGAGGACGCGGAGGACGUGGUGGACGCGGACGGGGCCGACGGGGACAGCGCAGACCGAACGUCUCCAGGCGACAGGGCAACAAACGGCGAACGGGCAACAACAAGCGCCAGGGACAAAGGAAACAGUCCAACAAAGACAAAACCCAGGCCGACAAAAAAGAGUCCACCAACAACAACAACAACAAGCAGACUAGCGGAUCCACCAGCAGGCGGCUAAUAGCGAUCUAAAUUAGAAAACAAAACUCCUUCCCUCAUAAAAAAUAUACCAACAAACACUUCCAACA